UGCUGCAUAUACCUAGACGAAGCUGCCGCCUGUGGAUCUCUCUCUCUCUCCUUCAGGAUACAAACAAAAGAAAACCCAUCAGACUUUCAUACCUCUGUCUCUCUUUCUCUCACGGACACACAAACACACACACCCCUUACAUUUGCAAUUUCUUGUUUUCCUAGGCUCACACGCGUCCUCUUACUCUCUGUGUCUCUCACUGUCGGUCUGUCUCCUUCUUACAUGCAAACACACUCCUCCAUCUCCCAGACAGAGAAGCAGUAAAGGGAUUGGCGUGGUUCUUGGUGUUUGGCUCCUGGUGGUUUGGCUCACAGGGAGCAGAGCAGCAGAUGGCGAUGUGAAGACGGGCUCAGCCAGAAUUGACUCUGCCUCACAAUGGCUGACUGUGACCGGAUGCCCCAGGAUACAGGUUUUACCUUGAUCAUGUGAUGUGACUCCCCUGCCAGUUCGUUGCCAUCUCUCAUAGGAGGGGCAAUCACUGUGUUACACAGGACCAGGGGCAUCAUGACCCGUCGGCUGAGUAGCUCCACUCGUUCCCACACCGAGGACUCCAUCUUCCUGAGGCCUGAUGAGGAUCCCGUUUGGCUAGACGAGCCCACAAAGACUGAAAAAAUUGGCGACGGAGCCCUUAAAAAAGACGGGCUCCUAGAAUGUAAAGAUGGAACCGCUGAGGGCCAAAACCCCCAAGAGGAAGUGUUUUUACGCAAGGUGUACACACUGGUGAUUGAACUCCACUGCUGGGCAGCACUGUUUAUCACUUCCCAAAUCUUGGGGUACUGGAUAUUUUUUGUGGUGGAUGGAAAUGGGCCACUCUCUUCCAUCUACAAAGCCCUGCAGGUCAUUGACUUCUACCUGGGGUUCAUCUUACCCUGCCACCCUAUUUUUGGAACGGAUUCAGUGGUGAUGAGGGAUGUGGUAAACACCACAGAGCACAAUUGGAUUGUUCAUGGCACUGCAGGCAUCGGCGUGGCCAUCUGUGUAGUCAUGAUCAUCCACCUGGUGUGCAAGUGGAAUUAUGGCUCUGGCUUGUGGUCAUCAGGAACUGUGUCGAGGGACAUUGGUGAUCGACGUCAGUCUGUGAGCCGUCAGCCCUCUUUCACCUUGUCAGAGUGGACAGAUGCCCAGGAGGAUCUGAUAGACCUGGACCCGGUGCCCCAGACUCCAGUAUUUGAUAUAGGUGCAGAUACCAGGACGGAGGGAGAUGCUGCCACCCUUACUGUCACACCAGUGGGGCUUCAGGAGAGGAGAGGCUCCAAUGUUUCCCUGACCUUGGACAUGUGCACACCAGGCUGCACAGAGCCCUAUGGCUACGGAGCCCAACUCUCUCCAAGAGACCAGUCGGCCCAGGAGUAUCUCCUACAGGGAACGCACGUCCUGACCCCUGCCAUGCUACACACAAGGGCCAUGGACGACCAGAGCCUGCAGGCUGAGUUUUAUGAAACUCCCAUGAACUUUGUGGACCCUAAGGAGUACAAUUACCCAGGGCUGGUGAGAAAGAAUCGCUACAAAACAAUUUUACCCAACACGCACAGCAGAGUGAUCUUGAAGUCACAGGAUGAAGAUGAUUUUCUUUUUACCUAUAUCAACGCUAAUUAUCUCAAAGGUUAUGGGGGCGAGGAGCGUGCAUACAUUGCUACCCAGGGUCCCACUGUGAACACAGUGGGGGAUUUAUGGAGGAUGGUGUGGCAAGAGAGGACCCCAAUCAUAGUGAUGAUCACCAACCUGGAGGAGAAGAAUGAGAAAUGUGCUGAGUACUGGCCCGAGGACACUGUGACACACGAAGGCAUCGAAAUCACUGUGGUCAAGGUGACCCAGGAGGAUGACUACAGUCUGAGGGUGUUUACUCUGAAGUGCGGGGAAGAGGAGCGCACUCUGCGGCAGUACUGGUACACUUCCUGGCCUGAUCAGAAGACCCCAGACAAGGCUCCACCCCUGCUGGAGCUGGUGCAGGAAGUGGAAAGGGCCCGUGAGGAAGCCCUGCCCUCCAGUGGCCCUAUAAUUGUCCACUGCAGUGCUGGAAUUGGUCGAACUGGCUGCUUCAUUGCCACCUCCAUCCUGUGCAAGCAGCUGAGGACUGAGGGUGUAGUUGACAUCCUGAGAACCACCUGCCAGCUCCGUCUGGACAGGGGUGGCAUGAUACAGACGUGUGAGCAGUACCAGUUUGUGCAUCACGUCCUGAGCUUGUAUGAGAAGCAGCUUUCUCAAACUGCUGAGGAGUAGAUGGAGCCCAACAGCCACACCCAGACCGAGACACACCACUGUACACGUAACCGCCUCAGGUGGUAUGCACCACUGUACCUAACAUCAUCUCAAUCUCACCCUUUAACAAGUUCAAACCAUGUUAUUCUCUUCACUCAAGGCAGGGUCACUCAAACAGAACUGAAUCUGUGCUAAUUGUGCGUGGUUGAGUAGAACAAAUAUAGAGGAGGUGUGAUUUGAGAUAACUCACCUGAAAAUAGUAGUAACGCAGUCCCAUCGAUCCACAUGUUCUUGAUAAGUUGAAGCAGUCACACCUAAAAUAAUCCAAGCCAGCACUCUCGCCUUCAUUUCAUUUGCACUGCUAAGGUUUCCAUCACACCACUGCACAUUAGUCUCCGUCAUCGAGGCCUUGUUUUGCACUUGGUCUAAAACAGCUUCCUCGUGUAAUGAUUGUACAGUUAUCGAAAGGUUAGACUGGAAGUGAAGUAUAAUCAGAUCGCCUGCAGUGGUGUGACUUACCUGUAAGGAAAUGAAAGAAAGUAUGUGUUGACAAUAAGGGCCCUUUACAGUAUAAGUGUCAGCAUCGUUUAAAUCUACAGAGAUAAUCAAAUGCCAGCCUAAUAUUUAACUAUACUGAUAUAAAAGUUCAUAUGAAAUGUAAAAGUAAAUGACGUCUAGCCUUUUCUCUCAAUUUCAAUGUAAAAAAAAAAAAAAAAAAUCAUUA